UCUUUUUCUGGUCUUUCUCUUUCACCUAUAAAACGAAACAACUUCACUCUUUCUUUCUCUGGCACUGCCAAACUCCCUUAUAAAUACUCCCUCUUUUUUUUUCCAUUACAGACAAAUUCAAAACAAUGAUUCCGAUCGUAGCUGUCAUUAUCACAGCUAUACUUGUACUCAUUCCCUCUGCGCCUCUAUUCAUCUAUAUACUUGGUUGCCUUUUACCAAAAGACCAUGUUGUUUCGCGCACCAAAGCAUACAAAAACAUCACAGCUGAACGGUUAUGGCAGAUUCUGACGGAUGUUGAAGCGUAUCCAUCAUGGCAGCCCACUUUGGAGCGCGUGGACUUUGACAAAAAAGAAACGGACCAAGGACGACAACUCGUCUAUACAGAGCACACCAAACGCAACAAACGUAUCACGACUACGAUUAUUGUCAGCAACAACAGCGGUAACCAAUCAACGACAGCAGCAACAGCUUCUGAACAGCGUCAGAUACUUUCGCGUGUCAUUGAAGAAGAUUCACGACAACGGCAAGAUAAACCGACGUUUGUAGGCACUUGGACGUUCCAGAUAAACAGCACGACGGAUGGUGAGGUGAUUCUCGAAAUCGUGGAGGAAGGAUCGAUUCCAAGGCCCAUGGUGCGCCUUUUGCAUCUGGUUUUGCUGGGAUUCCAUCGACGACUGGACCGUUUCUUGAAGGAUUUGGGACGGAGCAUUCAAGAGGAUGGCAAUAAUGGCGUUACAACGAAGAAGCAAAAACCUGAGAGACUUUUACCAUCCGAGCAGCAAACAGCAGACGCCAACGAGAACAAAGCGGUAUCAACGGGCGAUAAUACUGACGACGAGUCAUCACAUGUAACAGACAAGAGUACCACAGGUGUAACCAUGGACUGCGUCACAAAGGCUACUAGCAUGAUGGUUCAAGAUGAUUGGGAUUUCAUGAGCGAAAUCUAUGAAAAGCCUGCUACGGCUUCUGCUUGAAGAAUGACUCUUCUCUGUCUCUGCUCACCCACAUCCUCAUUUGUCGCCAACAUUGAUCGAUUGUUCCACACUUUGCAAAUACUUCUUCCUCAGAGCUACUACUAUGACUGCUACAACAAUUCACGAUACCCCCUUUUUCAUCUAACCCACAACUCCUCCAUCUUCAUCUCUUCUAAAUCACUCCAGGUACACACAUACUGCACUUAUAAGCGCUCUUCAUGUUGAUACAUCUCGCACUUUAUCCCCCGAGACUUGUUUAAUUAGCCUCAAGCAUUCAGUAAAAAAGACUAAGACAAAGA